GAGAGGGGAGUCCGCCUCGCAAAGGCUGCAUUCAAAAUCAAAACGCGAAAAGGAAAACAUACUUUUGUUUUCUCUUUGGUCCAAAAGUGCUUCGUUUGUUUUCGGAUUCGACGGCCCGACUCGGCAAGAAACCCGGAUCUGAUUGACGCCAUUGCGGUACGGAAUUGCGAGAUUAGGGUUUCCAGCGGUUCUAGGUUUUGAAGAAGACUCCUCCUUUCGAAAAUACUCUCGCUUGGGUUUCUCAAUCCCUGGUUUUUGGUUGGUUUUUCUUGUAGUGUUCGUUUGCUUCCGAGAUUUGCGGUCUGGAGGGGUAGAAUUGGUGAUGUUCACACCGCAGAGGCAGGUAUGGCCGGCGUUGUCACUUACGCCGAGGACUGAAGCGGCGAAGAGCGGUGUUUCGAACCCCAGAGUUGGCAGAGGCCGCGAUGAGAGCCCUGGCAAGGGGAAAUCUGUGGCAUUCCUUGAUGGGCCACCGCCGCCGUUAGGCUCGUUGAGUGGGAAUGGCGGCGACGUUGGGCUGGAGGGGCUUGAUGCGGGUGAUGUGGAGGAUUGGAGGAGGUUUAAGGAAGUAGGAUUGUUGGACGAAACGACCAUGGAGAGGAAGGAUCGGGAAGCGCUCGUCGAGAAAGUUUCAAAGUUACAAAGCGAGCUUUAUGAUUACCAGUAUAAUAUGGGCCUUCUCCUGAUUGAGAAGAAGGAGUGGACUUCAAAGUUUGAAGAACUCAGGCAGUCGCUUUUGGAAGCAGAAGAGAUGCUUAAACGCGAGCAGUCAGCUCAUUUGUUUGCUAUAUCUGAAGUUGAGAAGCGAGAGGAGAAUCUGAUGAAGGCCUUGGGCGUUGAAAAGCAGUGUGUGGCAGAUCUGGAGAGGGCUUUGCGGGAAUUGCGUGCUGAGAAUGUGCAAAUUAAGCUUACAUAUGAGAGGAAAGAGGCUGAUGCAAAUGCUUUAGUUGCUGGAUAUGAGGAGAAAAAUUUAGAUGUGAAAGAAAAAUUGCAUGCUGCUGAUGCCAAGCUUGCCGAGGCAAGUAGAAUUAGUUCCGAAUUGGAGAGAAAAUUGCAAGAGGUGGAGGUUCGUGAAAGUGUCCUUCGAAGGGAAUGUCUGUCCUUGAAUGCAGAGAGAGAAGCGCAUGAGGGAACUUUUUCUAAGCAUAAAGAAGACCUAUGGGAGUGGGAAAGGAGACUUCAGGAAGGAGAAGCGAGGUUAUCUGAGAGUCGUAGAAUCCUCAACCAAAGGGAGGAGAAGGCAAAUGAGAAGGAUAGGACUCUUAAGCAGAAAGAGAGGGAACUUGAAGAAGCACAAAAGAAAAUUGAUUUAAGCAACCUAAAUUCGAAAAAUAAGGAAGAUAACAUAAACAGUACGCUAGCAGAUGUAGCUGUAAAAGAGAGAGAAGUUGAUUCCUUGAGAAAUAAUCUUCAGAUGAAAGAGAAGAAAUUGCUUGCAUUGGAAGAAAAGCUUAUUGCUAGAGAAAGAGUGGAGAUUCAGAAGCUCCUUGAUGACCACAGUGCUGUUCUGGAUAUAAAAAGGCAGGAAUUUGAGUUGGAAAUGGAAAAAAAGAGGAUAUCUUUUGACAGUGAACUUAGAAGCAACUUGGAUUCAGUGGAGCAGAAGGAAGUUGAAAUCAAGCACAAGGAUGAGAAGCUAAGUAAACGAGAGCAAGCCUUAGAAAAGAAGUCUGAGAGAAUCAAGGAGAAAGAGAAGGAGCUUGAAGAAAAAUUGAAAACUUUGAAGGAGAAGGAUAAGUCUAUUAAAGCAGAUGAGAAAAUGUUGGAAUUGGAAAAGAGACAAGUGCUUGCUGAUAAAGAGAGAGUACUGUCUUUCAAGGAGGAGCUUAAUAAGAUAAGGGCUGAUAUUGCUCAAAAGCAACUGCAGAUUGAUGACGAGGGAGAGAGGCUAAGAAUAACCGCAGAAGAGAGGUCAGAACAUCAACGUCUACAAUUGGAAUUGAAGCAGGAAAUAGAGAAGUGCAGACAUCAGAAGGAGUUGCUUUUGAAGGAAUUUGAAGAUAUCAGGCAGGAAAGGGAGAGGUUUGAGAAGGAGUGGGAAGUCUUGGAUGAGAAAAGAGCUGCGGUUAAUAAAGAGCUUAGGGAAAUUGGUGAAGAAAAGGAAAAAUUAGAAAAAUUGCAAUACUAUAAAGAAGAAAUGUUGAAAAAGGAGAGGCACGAGACACAGGAUUAUAUUCAGAGGGAGCUGGAAGCUGUUAGAUUGGAGAAAGAAUCAUUUGCAGCCACAAUGAGACAUGAGCAGUCUGUUUUGUCUGAGAAAUCUAAAAAUGAGCAUAGCCAGAUGCUUCAAGAUUUUGAGUCGCGCAGAAGGGAUCUUGAGAAUGAUCUGCGUAACCGGCAGGAGGAAAUGGAGAGGCAACUGCGGGAAAAAAAGAGAGCAUUUGAGGAGGAAAGGAUGAGAGAGCUUAGUAACGUCAAUCACUUAAAAGAAGUUUGCCAGAGGGAAAUGGAAGAAAUGAGGCUUGAAAGGCGUAGAUUAGAAAAGGAAAAACAAGAAAAUGUGCUGUAUAAAAAGCAGAUGGAGGGACAGCAGCUUGAAAUGCAAAAAGACAUUGAUGAACUUGGUAUACUUAGCAGGAAGCUGAAAGACCAACGAGAACUGUUUAUCAAGGAAAGAGGCCGCUUCCUUGCUUUUGUCGAGAAGCAUGUGACUUGUAAGAAUUGCGGAGAAUUCACGAGGGAAUUUGUACUCUCUGAUCUCAAAUUACCUGAAAUAGAGGAUGGGGAAGUCUUUCCUCUGCGAAGGAACCCACUGGGUGAUGUGACUGUUCCUGAUGGAACAAAUUUCAACGGAUCUCCCAAUGGAGUUGAUUUGGGUUCUUGGGAAUCUGGGGGACGCAUGUCUUGGCUCCGGAAAUGUUCCUCUAGAAUUUUUAAGUUGUCUCCAACAAAAAAACUUGAGCAUGUUGCUUCCCAAGUUUUGCCUGAGGAUUCACCUUUUUCUGCUGUACGGGUUGACGUUGAAGAUAAAGCUGUGGGGCUAAGUUCAGUCGUCAGUGCAGAACCAAUUAAAGGGCUUCAUUUUGCUGAAGAUGAACCAGAACCGUCCUUUCGGGGUGCAAAUGAUUCCUUUGAUGUUCAACAGCACCAAUCUGAUAGCUUCUCUAGAGGAGUGGAUGGUGGGUGUGCUCCGUCUGUUGAUGAUCAGAGCUACAUGGGCAGUAAGUUACAGGAAGUUCCAGAAGAUUCACAGCAAUCAGAACUGAGGAGUGGUAGGCGCAGACCUGCUAGGAAACACAAGCCUGGAAUUCAUAGAACGCGCUCUGUGAAGGAUGUGGUGGAAGAUGCUAAGGUUAUUUUAGGCGAGUCUCUCAAAGAACCAGAACCAGAACCAAAUGACUCUGAGCCACCUAGUGACUCCAUCCAUGUCCAUGAGGAGAGCCUUGGUGAAUCAAGUCGUGCUGAGAAAGAUGCUUGUAAUAUUACGAGGAAGCGGCAACGUGCACAAACCUCAAGAAUUGCAGAAAAUGAGCAAGAUGCUGGUGAAAGCGAAGUGCGUUCUGAUAGUGUCACAGUUGGUGGGCGCAGGAAGAGACGGCAAACAGUUGCACCUUCUGUGCAGACUCCAGGCGAAAAACGAUACAACCUGAGGCGGCACAAGAUUGCAGACACAGUUACAGCAGCGCAAGCAUCAACUGAGGACACUGAACCCAGAAAACAACAGGAACAAGAGGAUCAUGAUGCUGGAGGGACAGUGCAAGCUCGAAACAUGGACUCUGCUGUGCCAUCAGCAGGAGUUGCUAAUGAAAAUGGCAGAAAAAUGAAAUCGAAGCAGGUUUCAACAUUAAAAAAGGUUGAAUUUCAAGAAUUUUCACCUGAUAGGAUUGUUCAGGUUGAAAGGAAGGUUAAGAUUGAUGAGGUUGGUGGUUCAGCUAGGUUGGUAAAAGAUGCAGAGUUGAGUGAGGAAAUGAGUGGGACACCUGAAAAUGUCAACAGAGAUGAGAAUGGAAGCACAUUUCUCGAGGAUGACGAUGGUGAUGACGAUGACGAUGAUGAUGGUGAAACAAGGAAUCCUGGUGAAGCUUCAAUAGGAAAGAAGAUUUGGACUUUUUUCACAACCUGAUCACUGCAUUUUUAAGGGCUAGCUGUUUUAAGCUCUCUGUGUACUAUGUAUUACCAUGUGGAAAAUAGCUAGGAAAUUCAUGCUUCAGAUUUUUCCUCACCUCUUGUUUUUUUUUUUUUGGGUUUUCUUGAAGAAAAUAAUUAGGUCUGCGGAUUGCGAGCUUGGGGGAUUUGGGGUUUGUGGGGGAUAGGUUGUUGGUGGUUGGUUUGGCAAUGUAUGUACUAUUAAUCAAAUGGGCAUUUAAUGCACAGUCAUCUUGUUAA